AUGAGUUACAUUGAAAAUAUAUCUAAAAAUGAUAGUGAUAGUGUAAAUUGUAUAAAUAUUUUAAAAAAUAAUACAAAUACUUCAAAUAAUAUUUUAUAUACAAAUUAUCCAAAUAACAAAAAUAAAUCUAAAAGUGUUCCUGAUAAUUGUAUUACAAAGUGUAAAAGUGUUUUAUUAAGUAGUAGCAUAAAUGAUGAUAAAAUCGGUGAUCAAAAUAAUACGAAAAAUAUAGUAGAUGAGAAAAAUAAUUCGACUAAUAAAAAUAAGGAGGAUAAUUUAUUCAUACAAGAAAAUAAUUUUAUUAAUACAAGUGAGAAUUCAAAUAUAACACUUAUCAAUGAAAAAGAUGAUUCCAUAAUAUAUGAUAGGAGUACAAAUGUUUACUCUGAAUUUAAAUACAGCCAAUCAAAUAUUUUACUAGGAGAAAAUAACAAGGGAGAAAAAAUAGGUAUAUCUUUAAAAUCGAAAAAUAUUUUAAAUGAAAAUAAAACAGCUCUUAAUAAAAAUUGUUACAAAAAUAAUUCAUGUUUUUCAACUGUUUUUAAAAAUCAACUAAGAGAACCGAAUGAAAUUAUAAAUAAAAAAAAAAAUAUUAGUUUUGAUUUUAAUAUUUUAAAUAAUGAAAAUUGUAAUAAUUAUAUGACCAGUUCAGAAUAUAAUCAAUUAAAUAACAAUGUAAAUGUGAACUUUGAUAAAAAAAAAAAAACAAAUGAAAAUGUUAAUGAAAAUGAUGAAACAGAAAGAAGUAAAAUGAAUACUUUGACAUAUUUUUUUAAUAAUUAUACAACAUCUAAUAAAAAAAAAAAAAUAGACAAUUUUUCAUUAAAUCCUAAUGAAAGUAUUAAUAUUAGUUUACCACAAAAUAAUAAACUUAACUAUAUUAAUGCAAAUAAGGAAAAUAAUUAUAAUAAAUUUAAUGAAAAAAAUCAUAGUGAUACUCUAAAUUCUUCUACAAAUAUAUUAAAUUUUAAUUCUGAAGAUAAUGAAAAAAAUUAUACAAACAAAAAUAAAAAUUAUACAAACAUUUUUUUCCAUACAAAUACAGGGGAUUUUUCAGAUAAUAUAAAAAAGAAUGAAUUUUCUAUCUUUAAUAUUGAAAAUCAUACAGAAAAUGAUUCAACAAAAAAACAAACUUUAUCAAAAAAUAAAGAUAUAUAUAUAAAUAAGAAAAAUAAUAAUUUAUGCGUAAAUAAGUACAAUACUAUGAAUAACUCAGAGAAUAAUAAUAAUAAUAUAUUAGAUGAAAAGAAAUCAAAUUAUAAUACAAAUUACGGUAUAUAUAAUGAUGAAAGAAAAAAUCAUAUUUCUAACAAUAUAGAUAAUUAUAGUAUGGAUAUAAAUGAUAUGAAUGAUAUAAAUAACUUUAUUAAUAUGGAGAAUGGAAUAACUCUAAAUAAUACUAAUAUAAAUAACAUUAACAAUAUAAAUGUCAAUCAUUAUACUGAUAAUAGAAGCACUUAUGAUAAAAAUGAAUUAGAACUUAAUAAAGAUAAUAAGGAUGUAAAUAGAUAUAUAAAUAAUAAUUUUGAUUUUAUGCAUUAUAUAAAUAAUCAUAGAGAUAUAAAUUAUUAUAAUUCAGAAAAAGAAAAAAAUAUACAUUUUCCUUUAAACAACAAACAAAUAAACUUUGAAAAUAAAAAUAAUAUGAGUAUUAAUUUCAACAAUAUAUUUAGUUGCAAUCAGUGUGACAAUGAUACAAUGAAAAGUUAUAUUCAUACUUCACAAAUAGAAAAUCCUAUUAUUGAAAAUAAUAGUAAACAUAAUAUUGUAAAUAAUAAUAUAAAUAACUUUCGUAAUAGUAGCUCAAAUAUAUUAGACUAUUUUUCAAACAACGAAAAAAAUUGUCAAAAUUUUGAAAGUAUCUACAAUGACUUGGAUGGAAAAAAUAUGAACCAACAUAAAAACAAUUUUGAUUUUAAAAAAUAUAUGAUUAACAAUAUAAAAAAUGAUAAUCUAAUUAAUAAUAUGAUUGACUUGAAUAAUCAUAAUACCUUAAAUGAAAUAAAUAUGGAUAUAAGAGAUAUAAGUGAAAUUAAUAAUAUAAAUCAUAUAAAUGAAACUCAGAAUGUUAAUAAUGAAAGUGUUGUAAAAGAUAUAAAUAUAAUAAACAAUGCAUGCAAAAGUAAUAAUGUGAAUGAAAUAAAUUGCAUAAAUAAUAUAAAAAAUAGUAGUAAUUCUAAUAGAAUAAAUCAAAUAAAUUAUAUAAAUAAUUUAAGUUACAUAAAAGAUAAUAACAUAAAUGAAAUAAAAAAUGUAGAUAAUAUAACAAAUGAUUUAAAUGGAAUAAUUACAUUAAAUUAUUUGGAUGAUGAAAAUGACAUAGGUGAUCUAAAUAAUGUAAAUAAUAGCUGCAUUAAUAAUAUAAACUAUGUAGAUAAUGUAAAUAUUAUAAACAAUAUGAAUAAUAGUUGUAUAAAUGAUGUCAAUUUAAUAUAUAAGACAAAAAAAAUAAAUUAUAAGAAUUCUAACGAAAUGAAUAAUGACGUAAAAUACUGUAAUGUUACGAAUGUUUCUAACCUAAAUAUUAAUAAUAAAAUUUCUAAUUGCACUAAUUCUUACAAUAAAAAUCUCUUCCAAGAUAUGAAAUGUGAAAAUGAUGACAUAGAUAUAAAUAAAAGUGUCAUAAAGGAAAGUAUACCUUUUAAUAAUCAUACAAAAUGGCUAAAAUUUUUUACUAAACAAAGAAACAAAACAGAUUUUGAAGAAAAUAUAAAUAGAAAUGAAUCAUGCAAUAAAAAUAUUGAAAGUGACAAAAAAGAAAAUUGCUUACAUUUUUAUAAUAGUGAAAACAAGAAAUUACUUAAUUACUGUAACAAUAUAAAAUUAGAAUAUAGGAACAGUGAUUUUCUUCUAAAUAAUUGGAAUGAUAAUAUUGAAGACAUGAAGAAUAGUGCAAAAGAAGAAUUUAUAAUAAAAGAUAAUAAUGAAAAUUUACUUAAUGUAAAAAAUAAUAUAAUGAAUAAAGAAGAAUUACAAAUUGAAAACAAGGACUUACAGAAUGAUAAUAUAAAAGUUAAUGAAAAUUUAUCAUUAGAUAUAUAUAAAGAAAAAACUCUCUUAAAGGUAAAGGAUGAUAAAACUAAUAACUUCAAUGAAAUAAAUGUUGUAAAUUUUACUCAGGAUAAAAAAGAAUUAUUACAAAUAAAUGAAGUGAAAAACUUUCUUGAUAAUACCAAUGAUAAAACAAAUAAUAACAUAAUAUCAAAGGAAAAAAAUAUUUGUAAUGAUACUUUUAAUUUUCAUAUAAAUACUAAUACAAAAAAUAAUGAUAAUUUAAAUAGAAAAAAAAUGGAGGAUAUAUGUAAAUGGUCAUCAAAUGAAAACAUUUUUGAAAGAAAUCUGUAUUUCAGUGAAGACUAUUCAUCAGAAAAUCAAAAAUUAGAUUUUAAAUUAAUGAGUAAAGAAACUAUAAAUAAAAAUUCAAGUGGUUAUUUGAAUAAUAUGAUAAAAUUUAAAUGUGAUAACAAUGAAAAUUCAAUAAAUAAAAAUGUUGAAAUGAAAAAAGUUAAUGAAUAUUUUUAUAAUAUCGAUAAUAAUAACAGUAAAGGUAAUAAUAAUAAUUACUCUCAUAAUAACAAUGAUAAUUGCGUUGAUGAUAGUAAUAAAAAUGUAUUCAUUGAUAAUAUAAAUAACAUUAAGGAUAAUAAUAGUAAUAUUGAUAAAAUACAUAGUAAUUAUAAUAAUAGUAUUACUGAUAUUAACAAAAAUAAUAAUGAUAAUAAUAAUUAUAUUAACAUUAGAGAUUAUACUGAUAUAAAUAACAUAGAUAUUAAUAAUAAUUACACUGCUGAUAGUAGUAAUCAAAAAGAAACACAAAUUAAUAAUGAUAAUGAUGAUAUUAACUUCAAUGGAUAUAGUACUAUCAAAAAACAUAAUGAAAAUAAGAAUGCUAAUUUUUCUUUUAAUAACAAUUUUAAUAAUAUUAAAACAUUUUGUAAAAAUAUUGAAAUUAAUGAUCAUUCUAUUAUAAAUAAUGGGAAUUACUGCUAUGAUAAUAUAAACAAUAUCAAUAUUUCUUAUAAUAAAAAUAUAAAUAGUAUUCAAAAAUCAAGUCAUUGCAAUAGAGAAGAUAAUAUAAAUGAUAUCUGUACAACAUAUGACAAAUUAAAAGAAGAGGUGAAUGUAUUAUAUUGUAAUGGAAAUACAGAAAAAGGAAAUAUGAAUACUAAUACUAGCGAUGAUAUCAUAAAAAAUGAAGAAAAUGGAGAAAAAAAAAUAAAAACGAAAGAUAUAAGUUAUGAUUUAAGAAAUAACUACAAAUGGAAUUAUCUGGAAGUAAAUUACCCCAAAAACAUAAAUUUUAAAAAAGCCUUUUUUUUUAGUUAUAAAAAUAAUAUUUAUAUUUAUGGUGCUAAACAGAAUAAUUUUAUAAUACCUGAUAAAAUUUUUAAAGUAAAUAAAAAUGAAAUUGAAACAAUAUGUACGAAAGGAGCACAACCUCAAAUUUAUUUUAAAAUUUAUUUUUUAUGUGACGCAAGUGAUAACUCAUUAUGGGAUUUUAAAUCAAUUAAAAAUAACACUAAUGAUAAUUUGUGUGUAUAUAAUAGUGAAGAAACGAGGGAAGAAAAAAAUAGUUAUGAGAAUAAUUUGUUAAGCUUGAUUUAUAAAAAUGAAAAAUUUUCCUUAUCUGAUCAGCAAAAUUAUGACAAAGACAGCAACUCAUACAUUAAUUUAAAAGAAGAAUUUAAUAAUGAAUAUAAUAAAAAAAAAAAAUAUUUUUAUGUUUUAGGAUGUAAAGAACAAAGAAUAGUUGAUUUUUAUACUAUAUAUAAAUUGGAUAUGAGUAAUUUUUAUUGGGAAGAAAUAAAAAUUACUUACAAUAGAUUAUUGAAUUUGUCAAGAGAAGACUUUUCAAUAAUUUUAAUAAAUAAUUAUUUAUAUUUAUUUGGAGGAGUGAUAUUAUCAAAUGACAAAUGGGUAAGCUGCAAUGAAUUCUGGAUAUGCAACAUAAACAAAAGAAAGUGGAAACUUUUGAAACUAAAUAAAAAAAAGAGAAAAGAGAGUGAUAUAUAUAGCAAUUUGAAUACAUCAAACUCAUUAAAAUAUCUAAUAAAUUUAAAAAAACUAAAUGGAGAUCAAAAUGCUAGUAACUAUCAAAUUGAAAAUGAAAAUAAAGACGAAAUGAAUAAUGAAAAUGAGAAUAAUAGUCCUUCAAGUAUCAAUGGAAAUAAAAAUUUUAUUGAAAAGUGGCCUACUAGUAGGGCAUGCCAUUUAUGUGUUUGUUAUAAUAAUAAAAUCUUUAUUCAUGGAGGAACAGAUCUAAUAGAAGAAAAGGAUGAUUUUUAUUUCUUUGAUUUAAAAAAAAAAAAAUGGUAUGAAAUUAUAUGUAAUACUCAAAAUUAUCCUUCAAAAAGAUAUGGACAUUCAGGAUUUUUCAUAAAAAAUAAAUUAUAUAUUUAUGGUGGAUUUACAAAAUAUAUGAAUUAUGGUGUUCUUAAUAAUGAUUUCUUUGAAUAUGAUUUCGAAAAAAACAGCUGGAAACAAAUAUUUACCAUUGAUGAUUUACUUUAUUUAAAAAUUGAUUUAAUUAAAAAAAAGAAAAGCUAUCUUAAAUUUUUACAAUUACUAAUUUUAAAAAACUAUUAUAAAUGUCAACUAGUAAGUUGUUUGAAUUUGAAUAUUGAUCAUUGUGACAAGAAUACCAUUGAUGAUGAAGUAAACUUCAAAGAAAAUAUUUCUAAUAAUAAUAACAACAAUAAUAAAACUGAAUUAAAUACUUUCUUAGUAAAUGAUACUAAAAUAAAUGACGAUGAAAAAAAAAAUGAAUAUAUAAAAAUAUUAAAUGAAAAAGAAUCUUAUGAAAAAAAUUUCUUUGAAAGUUAUUCACCUAACAGUGACACCUUAAUAAAAAAUAAUAUUCCAUUUCACGAAGGAGCCACAACGUCAAAAACAAAUUCUCAUAAUUUUCAUUUAUUAAAUAAUUAUUUAUACCCUAAUAAUUUAAAUAAAACAAAAGAACUUGAUACAUUUAUUAAAAAUAGUAAAUUACAAAGAAAUUUAUAUUGUAAUUUUUUAUGUAUAGAAGAAAUAGAAUUCUGGAAAAAUAUUAUAAUACCUUAUAAUAAUUUUAGAAAUAGAUGUCUUUAUUUUAAUAAUUCUUUAUAUUUUUUUGGUGGUUGUGGUUUAAAUAAUAAUUCAACAGAAUAUUCAUGUAAUAAUUUUAUUUAUUAUGACAAUAUUUUAAAAAUUCAAAUAGAAAAAUCAUAUACUGAUUUUAUUCUACACUAUUUGUUUUGUGUUGACAACUUUUUUUUUAAAUUUAUUGAAAAUUUAAAAAUUAAUAUUUUAAAAAAUAUAGGAACUAAUAAAAAAAAUGAAAAAGAGUAUAUAGAUGAAGAAAGUAACACAAGUUAUAAGACAAAUGCUACUAAUAAAAAGUACGAUGUAGACAUAUGCAAUUAUCAAAAAAAAAAUGAUGAAAAUACUUAUGAUGAAAUAUAUAUGAAUAUUAAAAAUAUUGAUAAUGAGUUAUAUAAUACGUAUAUGAGUAUUCAACAAAAAGAUAAUGUUUACAAUCAUAAAAAUGAGGGGAAUACAUGUAAAAAUCAAAUGACAGAACUAAAUGAUACAGAAACAAAAAUAUAUACAGAAGUUAAAAAUAUACCAAAGAUGGAAAAUGAAAAAUUGGAGAAUAUGUUUUUAUCUGUUCAAAAAAAAAAGAUUUACAAACUUUUAAUUUUUUUAUUUGAUUUAUAUGAAAACAUAUAUUCUAAAAAUAUUAUACCAGAAAAACAUGAUGAUAAAAAUGAUAAUAUAAAAAUUCAUAGUCAAAAUGAUCUUUGCAAAGAUUUAUAUGAAAAAACGUUUAUGGAACAAAAUAAACUUAGUUGUAAUCAUAGUUAUGAUAUGUUAACAGAAAGAAUAGAUAUGAAAAUUAAAAUAAAUGGUGAUAAUCUAUUAGAAGAAGUAGAAAGUGAUGAAAGCUUAUUUAUGCAAACAUGUAAAAUAGAAGAUAACCAAGAUAAAAAUAUAUAUCAAAAAACUAAAGAACCUGAAAUAGAAAAUUAUAAUAAAUGUGAAAGUUCUGUUAAAAAUAUUUAUGAUAACAAAUGGAUACAAUAUUCUAAUGAAAUAAAAUUUUAUCAAAAUGAAAAUAAAAGGGAUAACCUACUUGCAAAUAAUAUAUUUAAUAGUAUUGAGAUUAAUAAUCAAAACAUAAAUUUAAAUGUAAAUAACAAUAUGGGUAAUGAUAUAAAUUAUUAUGAAAAUCGUAAUGAAAAUUAUAAUGAAAGUCUUAAUAUAGCAAGCAGUGAAAACUAUAAAACAAACUACAAUGAAAUUCAUAACGAAAAUUACAAUACAAAUAGUUAUUAUAAUGAUAACGAAGACAAUAAUUAUAAUCUUAGUAAAAGUUACGAUAAACAUAUCAAUGAAGUUUUAUGCACAAAUGAUUUAUCUUUAAAUGAAUAUAAUAUAAAGAAUAAUAAUAUUAUUAAAAAUUAUGAAAACAUUGAUUUAAGUAAGAUAAAAGAAAUCAACGAUUUAAAAGAGAAUAUAAACUUUAAUUCAUUUGAAAUGGGAAACAUAUACAAUAAUAAUAUUUGUCAUAAUAUGAAUAGAUCUGUUGUUUUUGGACAUGAUAGAAAACAUUGUAAUUAUGACAAGGAAUUUAUAACUAAAAAUAAUUCCACUUAUUAUGAUAGAUCAGAUAUAGAGAGCAGAAGAAUGUACAAUGAAGAAAAAAACUGCCAAGACUUUUAUAAUUGUUAUAAAAGUGACGAAAAUAACUAUAUAAUACAAAAAUAUUUAAACAAUAGUCAUAUAAACUUAAACAUUGAUAAGUCAAUAAUAUACAAUUAUUUAGAAAAUUUUCACGAUUUAAAUGACGAAAAAUAUGCAAUUAAAAUGAAGAUAAAAAGAAAUGAUAUAUAUAAGUUGAUUUAUACUUACACAAAAAACGUAGAAAUAGAAAAUAAUAUUUAUUUUAAAAAAAUUGAAAAAUUAGAAGCACAAGUUAAAGAUUUAUUAGAAGAAAAAAAUCCUAUUGAUAAAAAUAACAGAAUAAUGGAAGCAAAAAGUAUCGAAUAUCCUUUCAAUGAAGUACAUUUUAAUAAAUUAAAAAAUGAAGUUACUUAUUUAAAAAAAAAAUUGAAUUAUUUUUAUGACAUUAUAAACACAUAUAGUGUAAAAUUACAAAAACAGAAUUUAUACAUCAAAAUACUUGAAAAUAAAUACGAAUAUUUAAUGGAUUAUUUAUUAAAAUUUAAAUCAAUUUUAUUUAAGGAAUGUAUUAAUAAUGAUAUUUGUAAGUUUUUUUGUGAAGAUAAUUUUUUUAUUCAUGAAAAAAAUAGUGUGUGCAUCGAAAAUAACAAAAACGUUACUUUUAAUAAUAAUAAAAUUGCAGAAAAUUUUAAUUUUAAUUUUAAUGAAGUAGAUUAUAUAAACCAUACAUAA